GCACGUGAUGGCAAGCUGAGCCCUUUUUGUUGAUGAUGGCGCGUUUCCUCUCCGACUUCACCACGCGUGUCAGUGGAAUUGAAAGAGGAGACGAUGGACUAGAAGCACAUGAGCGCAUAGUUGCGUCCAACCCCCGAUCAGUUCCUCCAACUACACCCCCCCCACACUCCACUUCUCGUUCGAAUCAUGAUGUAGCUCCCUCGAGAGACACAUACCAUUCUGUUCGCAUCCGCCGUCGGUCCUCUCAUGAGCUGAACGACAGAUUUAUCCCCGAAACAUUGUCUCUGGAUCCAAGAGCGGCAUACAACCGUAUAUCAGAAAGCAUUUCACCUUCUUCCUCGUCGCACAGACUAAGGACUGUGAUACCAUCUGACUCGGAUGCCCAACAAGACCAAGCGAAUCACACGUAUAAAUCCUUGCUGGCCAGCGAGCUAUUCCCAGAAUCUUCCUUAGAGGAAGCAUCCAUGUCUUCCUCAGCAAGCACCCCCCCGCAAACCCCAACUAAAAGACGAAUAUUCAGUUACUCGAGUCCUGGGGCAUCUGGCUCGCGCUCUUCAAAUCGAAACCGUCCCGGCCUGGACAGUCCCUCCCAUGAGGCUUAUUCCACCAGUCCUCUGCGGAACACAAGCCAGCGCCUCCUUACAAGUCCUCAGCGGCCUGUGCGAGUGGUGGGGAAGACUCCUUAUAAAGUCCUAGAUGCUCCAGACCUGGCAGAUGACUUCUAUCUCAAUCUAGUUGAUUGGUCUAGCACCAAUAUAUUGGGAGUCGGACUAGCAUCAUGCGUAUAUCUCUGGUCCGCAGAAACCUCUCAGGUGACUAGGCUACUCGAUUUGACAGCAGAGGAUGAUUCCAUCACUGCCCUCAGCUGGGUUCAGCAUGGCUCCACCUUGGCAAUUGGCACGAAAAGGGGAUUAGUGCACAUAUGGGACGCGAACACAUGUACCAGAAUUCGGAGUAUAUCCGGCCAUACACAUCGUGUGGGCUCCCUAUCGUGGUCGGGGCACACCUUAGCCUCUGGAUCUAAAGAUCGAUCGAUCCAUCUUCGAGACACACGUACGUGUGAUAACUCGUAUAGAGAAUUUAGUGGGCAUAGGCAGGAAGUUUGUGGCUUAAAAUACAGUGUCCUACAACCGACGUUUUUGGCAAGCGGAGGGAACGACAAUAAACUUUUCGUCUGGGAUGAGCGAAAGAUUCGCAUCUCUUCGGCCAAUGCAGUCCCUAGCUUUGGCCCCCAAUUCCAAGCCACAGCUGCUCUACAUAAAUUUCAUGAACAUACCGCCGCUGUGAAAGCAAUUGCUUGGAGUCCGCAUGCACUGGGAAUUUUGGGAAGUGGUGGGGGCACACAAGAUAAAAAGUUGCGAUUCUGGAACACCGGAACUGGUUUGAAGAUCAGCGAGUUGGACACAGGAUCUCAAGUGUGUAAUUUGACCUGGUCACUCAAUUCCAAUGAGGUUAUCUCAACGCAUGGCUUUUCGUCAACACAAACGCAAAACCAAAUAUGCAUUUGGCGCUAUCCAUCUCUUGACCAAACUGCGACGUUCUCUGGUCACACACACCGAGUAUUGUAUCUGGCCAUGAGCCCAGAUGGGAGAACCAUUGUGACAGGGGCCGGGGAUGAAACCCUCCGAUUCUGGGCCGCACUUCCGGAACGAAAGGAUUCAAAACGAGAAAAACGCGCCGAAGAUGUCAUGGGAAGGAUCCGUUGAGGUAUCAUUAUAUAUUAUGUUCAAAUUGUAUAUAGUUGGUUACCAAAAGUGUCACAAAUACGAACCAAAGUCAGAGCCUGUAUACUACAUCUUCACUCAAUAAAAUAUCGUUUCCUUC